CACCGGGAAAGAGUGUUCAGUUCGAAUACAAAACUCGGCUUAUGUACGCUGAAACAGUUGAGAUCGUUUCAAAUUUCAAGAAGUAGGCGCCUUAUCAGGAUCCUCGAGUUCUGUGGUUUAUGUUCUGCGAAUUUUUUCUACAACCGCAACAAAAUGGAACAGGACUUUUAUCUUUCUUCCGAUGAAAUUGUUGAAUCAAUCAAACGUGAGAGGUUAAGUAUUUACGAUGUGGAUCCCAAAAACAUAACACUAGACAAAGAUCAAAAUUACGCAAGCUUACUGAUAAAGGAUGAUUUAGCAAUGGAUAUUAGUGAUUCUGCUAGUAGUGACAGUGACAAUACCUCCAAUUCUUCUGAACAAUCAAUUGAAUUGCCAAGUAAAAUAAUAAAGCUUGCUGAUGAUCUUACAGAGUUGGAAAUAUAUAACGUCAACUGCAGGGAAUUACCAGAAUGUACAUUGAAAAGAUUACCUAUAGAUUUGAAGAAAUUAUAUGUUCAUCAUACUUCAAUUGCGCUAUUACCUACCAAAAUCAGUCAUAUGUUACAUUUAAGAGUUCUGGAUUUAAGCUACAAUAAACUUGAAGAUAUACCAGAUAGCUUUGAAUCCCUAACAAAUUUAAAAUCUCUUAAUCUAAAGUAUAAUCAAUUAAAAGAUUUGCCUAAAUCGCUUAGGAAACUGCAAAGAUUGAAAGAACUUGACAUUAGCGGUAACAAGUUUACUCAAAUGCCUCAUUGUGUACAGUAUGGAAUGGGGACUUUAAUAACAUUAAAUGUUUCUCAUAAUAAAGGAAUGAAUGUACAUAUUUCGCCUUACAGUAGAUAUAUAGAAAAAUUUUAUGCCAACAGCAAUGGCAAAUGUUUUUCAUUCCCAGAUUGGACGUUGAAGAAUAAAUACUUUGCGUUAAAAGAAAUUAAUUUAGAUGAUACUCAAUUUGAUGUUUACAACUUUGAGGGCCAAGGAAACAAUUUGAGCAUCGAUAAUAUUUCCAUGAAAAACUCUAAUUUAUCAAGUGCAGUUCUAAAUAUGAUAGUAGAAAAUAUGACUAAAAUCAAGGUUUUAAAAAUUGGAAAUAAUCAAUCUUCGUGCUCCAUCGUAAAUAUCUUCAAUAGUAUACCCAUUACAACAUUAAAAAGUCCAGCCAAUCUGAUAGAUUUAGAUGUUUCUGCAACAUCUUUGCCAAUGAUACCCAAAGAAAUUAUAAAACUUGAAAACUUAGUAAAAGUAGAUUUUAGUUUUAAUUGUAUUUCUUGGAUUCCUGAUGAGUUUUGUGAAUUACAGAAGUUAGAGUACUUAUCAAUUUCAGGAAAUAAAAUGAUUCUUCUUCCUAAGAACAUAGGAAAUUUGAAAUUGUUAAAGGUGUUGAAGUCAUCUAAUAAUGAUAUAAGACAAUUGCCAGAAUCCUUUAAAACUUUAACAAAUUUAGAAAUAGUUGAUUUUUAUGAAAACAAUUUUGAAGAAUUUCCUGCAGUACUUUCCUGUUUACCUCACUUAAAGGGAUUAGAUUUUGAACAAAAUUGUUUCUCUACAAAUGAAUUAAUGGUGGGAGAGGACUCAUACAUGAAUCUUCGCAAUGCUUACAUAUCUGCAGCAAAGCAAAGUGACAGUUCCAUUGGCGAUAGGAAAAUUGGAUUAAAAAAUUCUCCUUAUGAUUAUAGUGAUGAUGAAUCGGAUAAUUCAAAAGAUUCCAUGGAUGACUACUAUUUUCAGGAACAUCAUCAUUCAGAAAAUAUAAUGUAUCUUAAGACAUCAGAUUCUGAUGAAUGUUGGGACACAAAAACUGAUUCUGCAGAUGAAUUUGAACCGGCAAUUGCCAUGAAAGAAGUAAAUUACAAUGUUCUAUCAAGAAAACAGCAAUGGAUAGUAGGUGAAGGAUUUUGUCCUGCUGAUCUGCAUGUUAAAACCAUAAAAUCUCAAGUAUCAUGUAUGCGGAAGUACGGUUCAAUACCGGCUCAUAGUAUUGAAGAAGGACAAUUUGACGAUGACUAAUUAAAAAUGUUAAUGUAGUCAUACAUUUUCAAAUUUUUUGAUAUGCAUUGUGAAUAUGAUUUAUUGACGGAGGUAUUUAUUUUAUUGAGCUAAGUUUCAAUAUCAAGUUUGAAAUACUUAAUACUUUUACCUCAACUAAAAUUAUGAUUCUAUAAGAAACUUUUUUUUUACAUCAAAACGAGUGCAAGUGUACAAAUUGAAAAAUUAUAAGUCAAAUCUUGUUGAUUGAUUUUUAAUUGAGUAAUCAAAUUCUAAUUUUUUUUUUAUUUGAGUAGUUAUACUGAUGUAUUGAAAUAACAUAGUUUUCUUUUAUUUUUUUGUACAGUGUAUUGUACAAAUCAAUUGUAUAUUGAAGAAUAACUAUGCAUACAUGGCUGAAAAGUCAAUGAACUUAUUUUAUAAUUAUUGACUCAGCAUUUAAAUAUCAUCUUAGUGCUUUUAUUAAUUUAUUUUUAUUUUAUUAUGACCAAAAAGAAUGACGUGUUAAUGUACACUCUAUAAAUUGUUAUGGCUUAAUUAGAAAUUAUGCUCUGUUUUAUUUAUAUAUAGAAAAAAUAUAUAAUUUUGAAAAGGAAUGCCAUAUUAAUUCAUAAGUGAGUGAUGAAUGUAUAAAUGAAAAUACUGCAUAACUGUUGUAAAGAUGACAUGUUGAUAUGUACAUAUAUUUUUUUUUGUCACAUUUUCAAAUAUAAAACAGUUAUGAAAUAAAAUGUUUGAAACUAUAA